AGAGCAGGUGUUUGAGGAAAUGAAGAAUGAGGAAGCACUUGUGACACCACAGGACACCGCUGUUACUGCGCCUACAAAAAUAUCUCCAGAACAAACAUGCAGUGCUGGGGACUCUUGGUACAUAGAAUUAUUUGAUUCAGCUCAUGGCAGUAAGAGGAAUGCAUCACUCUACAUGUUGACAUCGAAGCUGCUGUCAGAAUAUCCUCACACUCAUACAGAAUAUAACUCUGGAGUGGUGUGGGGCCGUUUGGCCCCUGUGCACAUGUCUCUCCUGGAGCACACUGAAAUGCUCUUCAAAGUAUCUGUGUCCUGGCUGCCUGUGGAACUACCAUACACAACUAAACUGAACAGCACAGCUGAGGAGCUGAUGAAGGCAGUUUUAGUCACUCUAGAUCAUUCUGCCUCAUCCAGUGGACAGUACCAGUUAAAACUCUGUGACUCUGAGGAAUAUCUCCGGAGUGAUGAUGUUUUGGGCUUCUGUGAACGCAUACAGGUGUAUCAGAAAUUUGCGUUGGACGUUCCAGUAAGGAUGGUACACAGGAACAAUAUUGACAAAACGCUGGCACGAUAUGAGGAUGACAUCAAACAGACGUUUGGUUUUCACCCUUUCCUCUCCUCUGCUUGUGCAUUCAACACAAAAAGAUCAUGUCUGCAGGGGAAAUUGAAGAGCUACAGUGAAGCAGUCAGUAAACUCCUCCGAAGCUGGUGUGGUGUCAGUGUAAAUGAGGUUGUAGAAAGUGUUCAUGGCGUGUGUGAUCUGCUGUGUGGCCUCACUACACGAGAUCUAGAGGAAGCCAUUGCACGGCUCAACUGCAUCAGUCUACUCACACUGACUCCGACUGAAUUUUGUGACUGUAAAACUGCUGUAGUGAAACUCCAUCAAGCUCUGGUGAAGCUGCUUCACAUUUUCUUCACAAACUUUGAUUUGGACUUUAGAGUACUGGGGGAACAUCAGAGUCCACCUGCAGCUGAUGUAAAACACAACACCUGCAUGCUACAGCUCAACCUCACAGCUCUCUACAGACUGCUGCCCAACUGGUUAAACGGUUUUGAUCACUUAAGUAUGAGAUGCUGUCUCACACACUGCGGCAGGAAUUUGACUGAUCCAGUGCUGUCUGAUAACAUCAGCACGUUACUGCAACUCCACUGCAGCAUCCAAUGCAACCGUUUAUUGGUGUUUCCUGUUGCAGUACUGGAGCUUCCGUAUGAAUCAGUAUUGACUUUACAUCUUAUGGGCUCAAAACAGAGCAAGAGUCCUGAGCUGUUGUGUUGGGCGGUCCUUCCUCUCUUUAACAACAAGACUCUAGUCAGUGGAACAGUUCUGCUUAGCAUGUCCACCCAACUGCCUCCUAGAUGUCCUCCAUCACCAGCACUGACUGAAGACCACCGGCAGCCCACUGGAGUCAUUUUACAGAUUGAUUUCCCAGAAUCAGGCCAGUGGCGGUACGAGCGAGCGGUCACUAUGUCUGGGUCAGUGCUGGAGUUGACAACAUGUGAAGAGCUUCAGAGGAGAAUAAGAGAUGUGUGUCAGAAACACUGCCUGAUGCUCAUGACUGAGAAUGAAAAAGCCUUCCUUUGGAGUAAACGAUACAUCUGCAACAAGAAGAACUCAUACCUGCACUUGGUCUUGGGCAGUGCUCCGCAUUGGCGGCCACAGAACUUACCAGAAAUAUAUUCCAUCCUAGAGCACUGGAUCCCCCUCAGCACUGAAGAAGCCCUGUUCCUUUUGAGUCAUGAUUUUCAUGAUGAGUAUGUGCGUUCAGUGGCUGUGCAGCACUUUGAGCAAAUCUGUGACUCCCAGCUUGAGGAAUAUCUGCCGCAGCUGGUGCAGGCUCUGAAGAUGGAGUGGGAGAUUGAUGGGCCGUUGAUGACCCUUCUGCUCUCACGAUCUCUGUGCUGCAUCCGUAUCGCACAGCAGAUGUACUGGCUAGUCAUGGACGCUCUGGAUGAUUUUCUCUAUAAGAGUUGGAUAAGUAAAAUGUUGUCAGCACUGAUGCAUUGCUGCGGAUGCGCUUUGAGACAUGAGCUGCAACAGCAGAGCAGAUUGGUGGAUCUCCUCACUGAAGUGGCACGGAAAGUCCAUGCAGCUGGCAAAACCAAGAGAAAGGACGUGUUAAGAGGAGAGAGAUGGAAGAUUGAAAGUUUUUUUACCGAUGGGAUGUCCUGUAGGCUUCCUUUAGACCCAGCUGUUGUGGUGAAAGGUGUGAAUAUUGAGGCUUUCAAGGUUUUUAAUUCGAAUGCUGCACCUGUGGAAGUGUCCUUCAUCACCACUGACCCACUGGGCCAGAACUACAGUGUCAUCUGUAAAACGGGAGAUAGCCUGCGUCAGGACAUGCUGAUGCUGCAGAUAGUGAAGGUUCUGGACCGCGUGUGGAGAGAGGAGGGGCUGGACAUGCGGAUGGUCACGUACAAAUGUAUUUCUACAGGAAGAGAUCAAGGAUUGGUGGAAGUGGUACCUGAUGCUGUGACUUUGGCAAAAAUUCAGCAAGAGGGGGGUCUGUCUGGAGCAUUGAGAGAAGACACCUUAGAGAAGUGGUUCCACAUGAGGAACAAGACCAGAGAGGACUAUGAGAAAGCUGUUAUGAACUUCCUUCACUCUUGUGCUGGCUGGUGCAUUGCCACAUUCGUCCUGGGCAUCUGUGACCGUCACAAUGACAACAUCAUGAUCAAACACAGUGGCCAUAUGUUCCACAUCGAUUUUGGAAAGAUCAUGGGCAAUGCCCAAAAGUUUGCCAACAUCAAGAGAGACCGAACACCUUUCAUCUUUACAUCCGAGAUGCAGCACUUCAUCACAGGAGGUGGGGAGAACCCUCAGCGCUUCCAUCGCUUCGUCGAGUUGUGCUGUGCCGCAUAUAACAGUCUGCGCAGACGCACAGCAUUGGUGCUCAGUUUGCUGCAGCUGAUGUUGGGUGCUGGCAUGCCAGAGAUGAAGGACAUUCAGGACCUGCAAUAUGUUCACAACAACCUGAGGCCUCAUGACUCUGAGCUGGAGGCGACCUCAUAUUUUACCAAAAAAAUUAAGGAGAGCAUGGAGAGUUUCCCAGUCAAGCUGAACUUCCUCAUCCACAACAUUGUGCAGUUACCCUCGAUCAAACGAGCAGAACUGCACAACAAGAAUCAUAUCUCUUCUAACAGGAACAUACAGGAGGCAGUCAUCCAGAGAUACACCACAAACGGCAAAGAUGUGUUGUAUGAGUUGAAGGUGACCAUUGAGGAUGGAUACUUAAUCAGUCAGAAGAGCUUUGCUCAGUUUGAGAUGGUCCAUAAGCUGCUUCAGAGGCACUUCAUAGAGUCGACGCUCCCAAAAUUCCCAAGCUGGUUUAAUAUGUCCUUCACACCAGGCAGAAAGAUGUCUCUGUUGAACAAAUAUCUAAAAGAGCUGUUUGAAGGGCCCUGCAAAGGGAAUGAAUACGUAUGCAGCUUGUUUUUGGAUGGACCAAACACUGCUGUCAAAUCAGAAACAGACACACAUCUCCGACCGCAGAUUCAACUUUACAUAUCAUAUAAAGACUUCAAGUUAUCUGUGAUGAUAAAACAUUUAAAAAACAUUAGAUUAUCAAAUGGCUCGUGUCCCGAUGCGUAUGUGGUCACACGGCUACGACCAGACCCACAGGACAACACAAAGAGGAAGACCAAGGUGGCCCGCAACAAUGACAAUCCCACAUUCAAUGAGCUGAUUGAGUACAGGAAUGUCCUGAACCUCCACGGCCGUGUACUGGAGGUCACAGUCAAGAGCAGGAAGACAUUUGUAGCUGCUACCAACGUGGUACUGGGAGAGAAAGUUCUAGACCAUGAGAAGUGGUUUCUUCUCGGUUUUUCUCCUGUUUAAAGAUCAAGCUGUUUACUUAAGACAUUAUUUCAACCAUUUGAACAAACAUGAGGUUAAGGUUUUUUUUUUUUGUUUUUUUUUAAAUAACCUGUUUAUGAACUGUUCAAACUGAUCUGGUUGGAUGGUUUCAGAUAGGUUUUGGGGGGGUUGGAGAAAUAUUGAUAAAGCUCAUUAAUACACAUUUUUAAGAUAAUUGUUCAUUCAAGAUUUAAGAUAAUUGUUUUAAAUUAUAUGAAGAAACUCAAGAUGCUUUUUAUGCUUUUCUGCAAAUAUGCCUAGCAUGAUGUAACACAGCUUUAAUAACAGCAGAGAAUAUUUACUAAUAUGAGGAUAAAAUACUCUAACACUAAAUGUAAUAUAUGUAAUGGAUACAUUCAUAUUACAAAAACAAACAAUAAACACAAAUUAUUGGAAAUUAAAUAAGCUGCAAAAGACAAUAGAACUGUAAAUCGGCAAUACAUGUAAAAAAUUAUAAAUAAUAAAAGAAACUGUAAAAAACAAAAGCAACCUAACAAGUUCGUAAGAUAUCAUUCAAAAUUAUUUUUUUGAUUUUAGUGUUUUCCAUGUAUGCUAACCUGCAGAUUAAUAUAGAGUGCUUGUCUUCGGU